AAAAAAUAAUUCAAAUUACAUAGCAUGUUGCAGUUUUUUGUGUGUUAAAGUUUGUUUUAUAGGUGCACUGUUCUGUCAGGAACAAAAAAAGCCCCACCUCAGACAAACCCUAGCUCAGCCCCUUAUGUGCCAGUAUCCAAAACAUUCCAAAUUUUGCAAUCCUUCUUUGACUGAUAAACCAUGGCAACGAUUUCCCGCAACAUGACAACUGAAGACUACUCCAACUACUAUUCCAUAGAUCCAAAUAGGUACCAGAUCUGCAACAAUAACAAUGUAUUGGUCUUCAGCAGAGUCUUCCUACCUACACUCUACAGCAUCGUCUUUAUUGUGGGGUUCAUCGGCAACGGCCUGGUGUUGUGUGUCCUGAUCAAGUACCACAAAAUGUCCAACAUGUCAGAUGUGUGCCUCUUCAACCUUGCACUUUCAGACCUCCUCUUCCUUCUCUCAUUGCCUUUCUGGGCUCAUUACACCGCCAUCACUCAUUGGAGCUUCGGGAGCUUCAUGUGCCAUGCAGUGAUGGCGCUCUAUAUACUGGGAUUCUAUGGAAGUAUCUUCUUUAUGAUCCUCAUGACCAUAGACCGCUAUGCUGUCAUUGUCCACACUUAUACCUCCAUCUUAUCUAAGCACCGGUCUGUCAAAGCAAGCAUAGCCCUGAUUUUGUUUAUGUGGACACUUAGCCUGGGAGCUUCUCUGCCAAACAUCAUUUUAUCACAAGCAGUGAAGUCAAAUGAAUCAGAUAGAUGGACAUGCAGUGUGGAAUAUCCAGUAGGAACAGCAUGGACAUCAUUCAUUUACAUCGAGCUGAACAUCCUCGGCUUAAUUAUUCCUCUCUCAGUGAUGUUGUUCUGCUACUCACGUAUCAUCACCAUUUUAAUGACCAUGAAGUCUAAGAAGAAACACCACGCUGUCAGGCUCAUGCUGGUCUUGGUCAGUGUUUUCUUCCUCUUCUGGACGCCUUACAACAUCGUCAUCUUCCUGAAGUUCCUGCAACAACUGGGUUAUAUGAGCACCUGUCAGUGGUAUCAGGACCUGAACAUGGCUAUACAGUGGGUGGAAACCAUAGCGUUCACUCACUGCUGCCUCAACCCCAUCAUCUACGCCUUUGUGGGGCAGAGAUUCAGGAAUUUAUUUCUAAAGGUCCUGAAAGAGUGGUUUUCUCUUUGCUUUAGCCAGUGCCCAACAGGCAUCAUUCACUUAUCAGAAACAAGGAACUUCUCAUGAUCCUCAAUGAUUACAAGCACAAAAAUUGUUCGGCCAUUAGUGGGCAAAAGGGCAGCAUUUGAAAUGUAAAUGUUUAUUAAAAACAUUAUUGCAUUUGUUUAGUGGAGUUUAUGUAAAUUUAUGCAUGGAAUAUAUACUCACAUAAUAUUAAGUAUUAUUAAAUAUCAUUAAGACUCAACAUGUUUUUUUGUCAUAUAUUCCUCACACUAUUUGCAUACUGUCAUUUUGUAGAUGGAGCCCCUAAGUGUUCUUGUCUUUUAAGGAAUAAUCUUGUACCAUCAGAUGGUAGUGCAAAAAAGUCCAAAAAUCUAUGGGUGGUUUAAAAAA